UCAGUCCUACUACGCAAUUAGAUCUGAUCUCUGCUAACACCAUGAAGACAUUAGGUGUGUUUCUUCUUGUGAGCAUCCUAGUUGUUUGUUUGGAGAUGCCAACUGCAUCUGGUACAAGUGUGCCAAAAGAGAAACCAGGAUCCUGUCCAGUGGUUACUGUAAGAUGCCGGAUGCUCAAUCCCCCUAACCAAUGCAAUUCUGACUCCGAAUGUCCCAGCUCCAAAAAGUGCUGCGAAGGGAUUUGUGGAAAAGAGUGCAUGCCACCAGUGUCUGGUACUCUUAAAUAUCAACCUGGGCCAGCAAUAGACACUUGCACCAUGAAGACUACAAGCAUCUCCAUCUUUCUGGGGCUCCUGGCCCUUUGGACACAGCUGCCAUCUGCAUCUUGCAUCCUUCCAAGAGAUAAACUUGGAACUUGCCCUCCAAAUCCAUUUAGGUGCACAGUACCAGGAAAAGAUAUAUGCUCUAUUGACUAUGACUGCCCAGGGUACCAGAAGUGCUGUGCCUUCAAUUGUAACAAGAUUUGCAGAGAUCCACUACCAAAACCCGGACUCUGUCCAGUGUUUGAUAUGAGAUGCCUAAGUCUGAAUCCCCCUAAUAAAUGCAAUUCAGACUUCGAUUGCUUUGGAGAGAAGAAGUGUUGUGAAGGGACAUGCGGGAGAGACUGCUUCCCACCAAUUUUUGUGUAAAUUCUUACUUCACUGAAGGAUACCCAGCACCAAUACUCUACAUGUGCGAAAGUUCUCGUGGUUGUGACUCACCAGUCAAUUACU